CCGGGUCGAGGGGCGGUCUCGACGCACGUGCGGCGACUCCGACUCAUCAGCCGCCACCGCCACCACUCAACCACGAACGAUCACCGCUUCCAUCAUCGUCACCCCCCCCCAUCCUCCUCCUCCAACAUCAGCGCCAGGAUGGGCCGCAGGAGGAGAGGCGGUGCCGCGGACGUCGGUGCCAUUGAGGUCGACGCCGGGGAACUGGAGCUGUUGACGACACUGGCAGACAGCGCCGCUGGGGACGGCGAGGCUGCAAGAGCCGUGCUGGAUUGCGUGCAGCUCGCGGAUGGCAUGGCGCAACUGGCGCAACUCAAAAAGGUGGGAGCUGCCCUGCAGAGGGCGAGCGAGAGGGCGAGCGAGAGGGCAAGCCACACGGCCAAGGGCGACCCGCCUGCGGGUUCCGAGAGCCACGUGGCACGCGAGGUGGCGUGCUGCUGCCUGCGCGUGCUGACGCUCGCGCACCUCACCGUGUCGUGGAAGAGCCCACUCAAGCGGGCUCUCGCCAGCCUGCUGGAGUCCCAGCGUGGCGAGUGGAGGGUCGUGGCCUGCGACGCCCUUGCCGGGCAUGUGAGCGACGCUGUGGGGCGGAGCGGGCGCCAACCCGGUCAGGAGCCGUUGCCCGCGGACGCCUCGAGGCCGGGCUGGCUAGCGGUGUCCACGCUCGCCUGCUGCCUCGAAAACUUCCCGCUUGGCGAAGAGGCCUUGGUGUCUGUGCUGUCCCCAGUUCUGGAGCUCCUCCUGGGCCUCCUGACCGACUCUGUCAACCGAGCCAGGGAGUGCGCAGGGAAAGCGGCGGAGCGGACCGCGUGGAUGCACGAGGCGCAGGCGGCGGUCAAGACGACGAUGGUGCUGCUGCAGAAGGCACUGGGGCGCCUAGCGAAGGCUCAGGACGAGGACUCGAUGUCGCUAGGGACAACCAGCGCAGGCUUUCUCCGCUGCUUUGUGGACAUUCUUUCUGAUGCCGGGUUCCUGCGGACGUGUCGUGCGGCGGCAGGCAUGGCCGCGGUGCUGCUGCUGCUGUUGGGCCCCGACACAGCGACGGACCCAGCUCCCCUGCUCGCGCUGGCGCUGUUGGGCUCACGGGAGGCGGGCGCCAGCGGCGGCGGCGGUGGCGCGGUGCCUCUCCCGGCGUGGGCGAGCGAUGGCUUCCAGCGCUUGUGCGACGUUGUCGCCUCCGACCGGGAGACGUGGCUGAGCGUGUGCCACGGGACCCUCGCGAUGCUUGACUGGGACGUUGCGAGCGGCCCCCAGCUGCACCUGCUGCUUCGCGUCCUGCGGCCCCUGCUGGAGCUCGCUGCUGGAUCCCAGGAGCCCAGUGCUGCGCUCACCCUCGCCCGAACUUUGACGCUGUGGACGGCCUCCGCCCUCGCGGGCCUGGGAUCCGAGGCGGCGAGCGCGACGCCGCUCCUGCGCUCUGCGCUGACGGGCAGCGGCCGCUGCGACGAGUUCACCUCGCUGUCGCCCACCCCGUGCGAUUCGUCGCCCCGGCCACCGACGUCCACGCCAGCGGCGGAUUCGUCGUCCUCUUCGGCGGAGAUGCGCGCGGCCGACCUGCUGGUCGAGCGCUACGUGUGGGCCAACCUGGACCACCCCCUGGACGGCGUGCGGCACGAAGCGCGGCACAUCCUCGCCAACCUCCUGAGGGCCCACCGCGCCGCCGUGGUCCCGGCACGUCCCUCUUCGCUCGGAUCCGGCGUCGGCGGAGACGCGGCGGCGAGCCCGGUGGACGGGCUGGCGCGGGGCGUGGCGCGUCAGACCCUGGCGCUUGGCUGGCGGUGCCGGGCGGCGUUUGGCGCGGCGCGGGCGCUGAUCGAGGUGCAGGGCCCCUCCUGGCUGCUGGCGCUGGCUCCUGGCACGCCCCGCGGCCUGCUGGUGGCGGCCGCCGUGGACCCCGCCAUGUGCCCGCACGCGGCGGACGUGCUCGGGUCGAUGAGUCGCGCUCACCUCCAGGAGAUCGGCCACGGUGCGGAAUCGAGGGAACGGCAGGACGUCGAUGGCGUUGGCAUUGGGGGCGAUUUCGCGGACCCUUGGCUGCGCACGUGGGUGUCUCCGCUCCUGGAGGUGCUGUGCGCGCCGACGUUGGGAACGGGCACCGCGGAGGAGGGAGACGGAGCGGAGGGAGACGGAGCGGAGGGAGACGGAGCGGAGGGAGACGCCGACGCGGAGACGGGGAGGAGUCGCGUGGUGGAGCAGUGCCUCCCACGGCUGCUCCAGUCCAACCCGGCGUGCCUGGCUCUCACUGUGCAGGCCCUGCAGGCGCGCCAGCCAGGCGGCCGGGGCAGCCUGGGCGGGCUGGUGGCGUGCCUGCGGGCAGCGGCGCGGUUGCGCGGCUGCGCCAGUGCCGGGCACCCGGACGGCGAAGCGAGGGCAGCCGCUCCGGACCGGCUGCUGCUCGGCGAGGAUCUGAUGGAGCGAGCGCUCGCGCACCGAUGUGACCAGGUUCGCCUGGAUGCGCUGGCGCUGCUGUGCGAGAGCGUGCGCGCCACGGAGCCCGUGGUGCCGCGCGAGCUGGCGCUGCUGCGCACCGCGCUGCCGCUCGCCCUGCCCAGCUGCUCGGCAGCCACGCGCCGGGCCACGCUGUCACUCCUACGCAAGCUGUUGCUGCGCAUGCGGGACGGAGCGCUCGCUUGGCUCCGGCAGUCGGGCUCCUCGCCGCAUCAUCGACACGGCCCGCCGGGAGUGGACGGGCGGCGCCCGCACGUCGGCCUGCAGCAAUAUCGGGAGUUUCUCUUCUGGCUGAGCGACGUGUCGUUCGACGCCCUGUUUCCCGGAGCCUCGUUCCCACGCAAGUUCAUGGCGCUGAGCAUGCUGGGAUUGCUCGAGGAGGUGUUCCCCGACUUCCCAGGGUUCAGCCUGGCGGAGGCGGUGACGCCGGAGCGAGCCCGCGUCCUCCUCGGCUGCCUGGCCGACAACUUCCCCGAGGUGAAGCGGCUGGCGAGCGCCCUGCUGCAACUGCUGCCAGCCCAGCGGCUCGGGCUGCAGACGGAGGAGUGCCUCCGCUCCCUGCUGGGGGUGGCGCUGGCUCUGGCCUCCAGCCCGCGACCCUCCGACCCCUCUACGGCCGCUCCCCUGCUGGCCCUGCUCGUGCGCUGGGCCCCCCACGCCGCCCUGAGCCGCGUGCUCCCCCAGCACACGUCGGAGGACGGUGUCGAGCAAACGUGUCCAGGAGGGCGAGGCGUGGGAGAGGUCACGGGGGCAGAUGCCGUCUCUUCAGCCUCCCAGCCGGAUGGGGUCCAAGACAAACCAGGCCGCAGCCUGGAGUCCAACACGCUGGCAGUGGUGGGCAUGCUGGUGUCGGGCCUGGAGGCCGACGUGGCCGUGGCUGAGCACAGCCUGCUGGAGGCGGCGGGCACGCGGCCCAUGUACGGUCGCCUGCACGCGGCCGCUCACCUCCUGCACGGCACCCGCCCGGGCUCUCUGUGCGCCGAGCCCGCGUGGCAGCACCUGUUGGAGAGGCUUCUGUCAGCCGCUUGGCGCGUGUCCCGCAUCGCCUCCCGCGUCGUCAACAGCUCCUCGCCCGAGGGCUUCAUCCCGGACCGCCCCGGCACCGGCGCGGGCUGCGUCGCGGCCGCAGAGGAGGAGUGCGAGGGCGCGCGCAGCGUCAGCGCGCAGGCCGUCCUGCUCUGCUGCUGGCGCAGCAUGAAGGAGAUCUCGCUGCUGCUCGGGCAGCUCUCCCAGCAUGCCGCGCUGCAGCCCGCUCAGAUGGAAGCCGUGGGCCACUACUUCCGGCAGCAGCUGCUGGAGUCGAGGCACCGUGGGGCCUUCGAGUUGGCCUACGUGGGAUUCGGAAAACUCGUGGACGCUCUCGCUCGAAGUGAGGACCCGGCCUUGCAGACUCUGCCGCGGCAGUGGCUGGAGGCGGUGCUCGGCGAGGUGAAGGAAAGUGCCGCGGCUUCCAAGCUGUGCGCCACGCGGCGCAGCGCCGGAGUGCCCUUCUACAUCCAGGCGCUGGUGUCCGCUGAGCACAAGCGCUCGGGACGCUCCCUGCUGUGCACCGCCAUGAGCCAGCUCCUGCCUCUUGCGCUGCCGCAGGGAAAGGGUCCCGAUGAACCCGGCGUCCACGCCCAGGUGCACGCGCUCAAUAUCUUGCGGGCUCUGUUCCGCGAUUCGCGGCUCGGCGAUCACAUGACCACGUACGUCCCCGACGCGCUGCGGGCUGCCAUCCUGGGGUUCGCGUCGCCCUGUCUGGGCCGUGUGCAACUCCUGCACGCUGCUGUUCAGCACCCUCAUCACGCGUGUGUUUGGAGCGAAGAGGUCACGCCGUGCGCCCGUUGGCAGCAACAGAAUGACCGGGCGGGAGUUUUUCUCCAGAUACCCCUCGCUCCAUCCGUUCCUCCUCGAGCAGCUGAGCCGUGCGGCCUCCACGUGCUCCCACAGCAGCGGUGGCGAUGCGGUGGGUACGGCGAGCUUACAGCCGGCGCUCUUCCCACUGCUGCUGCUCCUGGCCAAGCUCUACCCGUCCCCCAUGGACGGCACCUACACCGAGCUUAGCCUGGCGCCAUUCCUGCCCCUGCUCGUCCGGUGCGGGGGGUCGCCCGUGUGGCGCGCCCGCGUCAUGGCCGCCCACGCGCUGGUCGCCUUCAUCCCGGCGGCGGCGGCGACGCGAGUUCUGUGCGAGCUGCUGGACUCGCUGCCCCGGGGCCUGCGGCAGGCAGACGGCGCGAGCAACCGCACGCACGGC